AUGAAGUCAUUCGCAAAAAGAGCCCUUUUUCAGGCCCUUCGAGUAGCGCUCGUUGCGGUGACGGUCUCUCUAGCUGUCCAGACAUACCUGGAUGGAUGGAAGAAGCCGCAACCGGUGGUGAUAGAGUCUCGACUCGAAACCAAUGAGCCUUCUCCAAGUGAACCACCUACAACGGAAUCUUCCCCGCCGCAGACCCUGUGGGAUGCUCUUCAAAAUGAUCCUUCCUUGACCAAAUUCACCAAGCUAGUUGGAGAGUUCCAGGACAUUGUCGGUGGUCUACGGGCCCCCCGAGCUCAACUCACAAUCUACGCGCCUGUUAAUGAGGCAUUCGGCAAGGAAGACUUUCCCUAUGAUCUCCCGUGGUUUUACUGGAAAUUUCUAGUUGGUUACCACAUGGGCAAAGGAAGCGUUUCAGCCCAGGCAUUACCCAAUCAAAAUACGGUCACCUCUUUCGUGAAUGCCGACAUCUUUUUCAAGAACCAGCAACGUAUCAGCGUACAGGACAGCCAUCAAGACAGCGUGACGUUCAACUUUCGCUCGAAAUUGCUUUCAUCAAAGUCAGCUGUCAACGGUCAUCUGCACGUUGUUGACCGACUUUUGAUGUUGCCAGACUCAGCCGCAGACGUGCUUCGAUAUACUCCGUCUCUCAGAAUAUUCCGUCAAGGUCUGAUUCAGACUGGACUUGCGGAGGUGGUCAACGACACAUCGACACACAUUGGACAGACCCUCUUCGUCCCUUCCAAUGCUGCAUUCAAUCAACUGGGCCGUAAAGUCAAUUCUUUCUUGUUUGGCCCAGGAGGCAGCGAGUACUUGAAAGCUUUACUUGCCUACCACAUCGUGGCCAAUGAGACUUUGUUCUCGGACGCCCACUUUCCUGCAAAGAAUGGCGAGCAGGUUAUCUUUUCUCGAGAAUCUACCACCAAUUCCGUGGAAAUGCCCACUCUUGCCGGCGGGCAUUUUGUUUCCGCAAGUUCUAUUCUACAGUCGGGUGGACGGCGGACAAUCUUGGUCAAUGACGAGUGGAAAGUGAGCCGACCUGAUAUUGUCGUGAUGGAUGGGGUGAUUCAUGAGUUGGACGCCGUGUUACUGCCACCACUUGUGGAGGGUGAAGGUCAAUUGGGAAAGGAAAAACUCAAUUGGUGGUCUAUUGUGAAGCGUUCGAUGAACCUCGGCGGAGGAAUCACGGCGGAGGAGCUGAUGGAACGAUUGCAGCCAUUGAUAGAAAGUGAGGGAUCAUCUUGAUAGGCUCAGCUUAUCUUACGC